AUGUGGAUGUUUCUGGCACUGGCGCUGCCCGUGCUUGGCGCGUCGGAUCCAUCAACGCAACGGUUAUGGUCUGCUCUGAAGCAUAUCACCGGACUGACAGACUCAGAGCUGUCUUAUUUCGCUGAUGAACUCUUAUCUCUGCAGCCUCCAUCACAGAAAACUUUGUGGCAAGAAAAAGUUCAUUGCAAUAAAGGAACCUGUGCCCCAGAAGUGGCCAGCCGUCUUAUUGCUGCGCUGGGUGAAGGCGGAAAUCUACCUUCCAGGGCAUUUGAGCUUUUCCCUGGCGACCCUCUCUAUAAUUACUGGAAAGAGUCGGACAGACAAGAAUUCCAUUCCUGGGUUGAUGGAGAGGCUGCGGAAGAAGAGACAAUUGAGGCUUUGAUGCCUGAAGGGCAGCCUUUAGCAACUGGCCGGAUACAGGCAGCCCAUUUUACCUGGAAAGCCAGGGGUUUAGUUUCAAAACUCUUGGGCCCAGCAGCAGACACCUAUGGCGCCCUAGGGCGGUGUUUAGAGUGGGAUACGCCUUUCUACACCAUCAAAGCGUUUGGACCUCUUUGCUUUCGGCACGACGUUCUGCAGUAUGCUGAUCCCCGCGCGGGUCGCCCUGAGAAGAUGCAAACAUACCUGAAGGGAACCAGGGUCAUGGCGCUGGAUGUUCUGAAGCCGCCAACGUGGAUGCCCAACGAUUAUGGCCUGGUCGUCUGCUUCUUCGUGCUUGAGCAUGUUCCAGAUCCUCAUCAAGCAGCUCGGGGCAUUGCGCAAUUCCUCAACCCAGGUGGCUUCCUUCUACUGGGGGCUCCCUUCACUGAUGGAGUACAUGGCUGCCCAGACGACUUCUUCCGCUACACGCCCCACGGACUGCGCAAGGUUGCAGAGGGAGCCAACCUGGAGGUUCUGAUGGAGUUCUCACCUGGGACGCCCGUUGCUGCUGCUGGGGACACCAUGCCUAGCUGGGCCUAG